UCCAAGUCAUAGACUCCGUGUAGUCCACGCUCAAAGAGAAUUGAAUCUCAACAAUCCAUCAUCUCAAUCCUCCAUUGUUAUCCUCAAAAAGUAACCAUGGCCGAUGAAGUUAUUCUUCUAGAUUUUUGGCCAAGUCCAUUUGGAAUAAGAGUUAGAAUAGCACUUGCUGAAAAGGGUAUCAAGUAUAAAUACAUAGAAGAAGAAUUAAUGUCAUUGAAAAAGAGUCCUUUGUUGCUAGAAAUGAACCCGGUUCAGAAGAAAAUCCCUGUUCUUAUUCAUAAUGGAAAACCCAUUUGUGAAUCUUUAAUUGCUGUUCAAUAUAUUGAUGAAGUUUGGAAUGAGAAAUCUCCUUUGUUGCCUUCUGAUCCUUAUCAGAGAUCACAAGCUUUAUUUUGGGCUGAUUAUAUUGAUAAGAAGAUAUAUUCAAUUGGAAAGAACAUUUAUACCAAAACAGGAGAAGAACAAGAAGUUGCAAAGAAGGAAUUCAUAGAUACUCUCAAAUUGUUGGAGGAUCAGUUAGGAGAGAGCUCUUAUUUUGGAGGAGACAAAUUUGGUUUUGUCGAUAUAUCACUUAUUCCAUUCUACAGCCGAUUAAAAGUUUAUGAGACCUUUGGCAACCUCAAUUUAGAGAAUGAGUGUCCUAAGUUCAUUGCUUGGGCUAAGAGAUGCAUGCAGAUUGAAAGUGUUUCCAAGUCUCUUCCAGACCAGGAUAAGAUCUACGAGUUCAUUAUGGACAUGAGAAGGAUUUUAGGCAUUGAGUAGGUUGGAUUCUUGGAGAUGUAUGGCCAUCAUGAGUUAAGUUCUUGUCUUUUGUAAACUAUCUUCUCCUUUCUUAUACAAUAGUUAUUAUGAAAUAAAAGGAAAAUAGAUGUUCAAACACUAUGCUUUCUACAAGAAAGAUAAUAGAAUAAAUGCAAGUGGAUUGUUGAUCAUACAAAACAUGAAUCUUGGGGAUGGUUUGAAAAACUGCUGAUGUAUAUUUGAUGUGUAUGUUUUGCGCUCAAAACGCAAGGAGAAAUGCGGCCCGUUUGCAGUAGUUAUGAAGGGACAAAAUUUCCAGAUAUCGUACUUAAGGGACUAAUUGUGCCUAUUAUUUAGACAAAUCGAUAUUAAGAGUUUAAAUCUUGAAAAUCAAAGGAGAGCAGAACAAUAUUAUUGGUAAGCAAAUCAAGAAUUAACCAAUGCAAGUAAACUAAGAUGUCUCGUUUCACCUGUGUAAAUUAAAAUGAUCUUUUCCGAGUAAUCUUUAACUCAUGUUUCAUAUUGAUGUA